AUGGAUUUUAAAACUUUUAUUUUCUUUCUUGGAGGAUUCAAAUUAUUACUUGUUUCGGUACAGGCUCAAAAUCGCGUGGUUCAAACAUCUCUUGGUGCUAUCAGAGGACGAAUAGCAACUCACGAUGAAGGACUAGUACAGCAGUUUUUGGGUAUCAGAUAUGCCAAGCCUCCCGUCGGAAGUCUUCGAUUUGAAAAACCAAUCUCUGUUGAUAGUUGGCAAGGUGAAUUAGAUGGAACUCAAUUCGGACCAUCGUGUCCACAGAUCUUUCCUUAUAAUACUUUAGCUAAACUACCAAAUAGAAACAUUAGUGAAGAUUGUCUGAUGUUAAAUAUAUACAAACCAUUAAAUAACAACAAUGGUAACAGAGCUGUAAUGAUUUAUUUUCAUGGUGGAGGAUUUAAUAGUGGUCAGGGAAUGGCAACUGAUGGUUCGCUGCUGGCUCUAAAGGGAGAUGUGAUUAUAAUUACCAUCAACUACAGGUUGGAUGUUUUGGGUUUUUUAUACACUGGUGAUGAGGAAGCACGUGGUAAUUAUGGAUUAUGGGAUCAACUGAAAGCAUUACAGUGGAUAAAGGAUCAUAUUUCGUCGUUUGGUGGUGAUGAAAACAAUAUUACUCUAUUCGGAGUUUCAGCCGGGGCUUUCAGUAUAGGUCUUCAUCUAUUCUCAACUCAUAGUAAUGGACUGUUUCAGAGAGCAAUCCUUCAAAGUGGUUCUCCUUUCACACCAUUGGCAUUUGCUUUCGAUCCUAUUGAUUAUUCGAAAAAUGUCAGUAUGGAAUUAGGAUGUAGUCCCAAUAUUAGCAAUUGGAAUACCAAAGCAGCUAUCGAAUGUUUAAAA